AUGAGAAGCGAGAGAAAGAUCUACCUCGGUAAAGGAGGACGGCUAGUGGGGGCAUCGGUGCGACAUGGGUUUUGUGGUUGUGACAGAACACGCAGAGAGGAUGCAGCGACGCGAUAUCAGUCCAUCGCUGAUGUCAUGGGGCCGGUGUUACGAGGUUGCGAUGUCGCGUCCGCGACAUCGACACCAAAACGUGGUCUCGCUGGUGAACGUAAUCGUCUCACACGAAUUGGUCACACGACCUCUGUUCUUUUGAUCGUGCGACGUUCAUCUCCCUAG